AUGGCGAUCCGGGAGACCUGGAACCGCAUGGUGCGGAAAUCCUUCUCUUCCUCCUCCUCAGGCGCACGCAGCGACGACGGCCACGAUUCACCCACAGCCGGCACAGCAGGCACCUCACCAAUACCCAGCGUCCCUCUCCACAAGUCGUCGUCACGUCUCGGCGGCCUGUCAAAGAUCUCAUCGUGGCGGUCACACGGCUCGCACAACAACCGCCACCACCACAGCGGCGGCAGCGACGGCAGCAACGGCAAGGUAUCCGGCGGCGGCGACUCGUCGAGCAGGAAGGCCUCGCCGAAGCGCGACUCGCCGCCCAAGUCGAUCCUCAAGAAGAGCGGCGGCAACGGCGGGUUCGGCAGCGGCUUCCCGCGCCGCGUGCACCCCAGCGAGCGGCCCCUGACGGAGCAGAACCUGCGCCACCAGGAGAUGCUCGGCACCUUCACCAUGAAGUUCGGCCGCAGCCGCCGCUACAGCAGGGGGGCCCGCAGCAGCUUCUCCGGCAUCAGCCCCCGGUGCAGCAUGGACUCGUCGGCUGGCCCGCCGGGCGGCUGGGACGACGACUGCGCCGGCUGCGGCCCGGGGUACCACCGCCGGGCGAGCUCGGCUGCUGUCGCGCCUGAUGAGGCGCGGAUUGCUGAGGAGAGCUCAUGA